CUCGUCAAGUUCCCCGGGAAGCCGGGCAGCAGCGAGUCGGUGGACCACAGCGAGGACAAUAAUCUCAGCAGUAGCGGGAGCGAAAGCGACGCCGAGAGCGUCGACGUCAAAGCUCUGGACAAGGCCAAGACGGUGAACAACAUCCAGAUCCUGUCGAAUACUCUCAAGUCGCUGAAGCUCUCCUGUUGGUACUACGAGAACCUGUCGCACCUGGAGGCCAUCAAGCUCCUGUCCUCGACUCAGCCGGGGACUUUUCUAGUCAGGAACUCGAGCGAUUCGAAAUUCUUGUUCACGCUCUCGAUCCAAACCUAUCGGCAGCCUACCUCGAUCCGGAUCCAGUACAACAACGGGAAGUUUUGUCUGGACUGCGAGAACAGCGUCACGGAGACCAUCCCCAAGUUCAGCUCCAUCAUGGACCUCAUCGGCUAUUACAUCAAGUUAACCAGCGACACAAUCCACUACAUCAACAACAAUGUCGUCAACGAGAACAAACAAGUUCUCAUCGACGAAUACGGGAAGAUAUUCUCCAACAUACUUCUAACCAAGCCGCUUUAC